GGGAUAUCCGUACGAUCAUGUGAAAUUACAGUUUGACCUUGCACUGUAAUUAACCAGGGUUUCUACCCAAUCAGAAUCCACUUGUGAGCUAUCUAGCUCCUCACCGGUUACGCUAUUAUAAUUCUUUCAAAGUGGGAUUCUAACGGUCGACUAUAUAGAACAGUGUUUUCUCCCUCCAACGUCCCAUUUCCUUCCAUUCUCACAAACUUCUGGAAACCAAAAUCUCUCUCUCUCUCUCUACUGCCAUACUGGGCUAGAUAGAUAGAGCACAGAGAAAUGGUGAUGGCUAAGGUGACAUACGAGGAGCUACGCAGGCAGAGGCUGGAAGAGAACAAGAAGAGAAUGGAAGAACUCCAUCUUCCCCAGCUCUCUCAAGCUCUCAAAAAGACCUCCUCUCCCAAACCCUCCCCGAUGAAGCAGGUGAAACCUCGUACAAUUAAGACAGAGUUGGUCCCAGUAAGAAGGUCCCGUCGUGUUGCCAGCAAGCCUGCCCCUGAUUACAAAGAAGUCACUUUUUAUGAGCGCAUUGAGUUGCCUAGAAGGGUAUGUAGUAGAUUGUAUAAUAAUCGGAGGGACUUGUCAAAUCGGGUAUAUGCUUCGGAUGAAGCAAGAGAAUAUGCUACAAAGAAAGCAGAGGAGCUGGAGUCGAGCCUAGAAGCUGAUUAUCCUACCUUUGUGAAGCCAAUGCUACAGUCCCAUGUCACUGGAGGCUUCUGGCUGGGUCUUCCAUCUCAUUUCAGCAAGAGGAACCUUCCAAGGCGUGAUGACACUGUUUCAUUGGUAGAUGAACAGGGAGAUGAGUAUCAAACUGUGUACUUGGCCCGGAAAACAGGACUUAGUGGGGGAUGGAAACGAUUUGCAGUUGAACAUGAGUUGGUAGACGGGGAUGCAUUGGUGUUCCAGUUAAUCCGGCCGACAGUAUUUAAGGUGUACAUUAUAAGGGUGAAUACAUUUGAAGACAGUAAUGGUAGUUAAGAACCAAGACGUAGGGUGUUGGGGCUAAUCAAACAAAUGCAGGUAUAUAAUAUUAUGAUGCAUUGUUGGAUUUCUUUCAGCCUAUGUAUUCCUUUUUGGAUCCAGAAGAUACUUAAUAUUCAUUGUUAUGGAGAAAGUGAUAUAUGCUACUGAUUUAGAUGUACCAUGUUUUUGCUUGAAGUUAGUUAUUGCAUAUUGGAGGCAAAUGUAUGAACUAUUUUUAGGAUCAUUGCUCCUUCUCUCUCGUACCCAUUUUUAGGCUCAUUACUAUACCUUAAAUCAUUUUUAGGAUCUCUCUUGUACUCAUUGUAACAUAAAGGUCACGAGUUCGAAUCACGAAAAUAGUCUUUUUGCUUG